UGCACAAUGACAAUUACACCAGACAACUUUUACUGUGCAAAUAUGGAGAAGAAGUUGCACCAUGGUGGGUCUAUGUUUCAAACCAGUACCUUUCCUCAUAUUCAACCGUGGAUUAUGUCCCCAAUUACUUUUUUGCGGUGAAAUUGGUCUUUUAUGAUCACAGUGUACAAAUAGGGACUGUAAAAUAGUUUUUGCCUGCAUGAUGUAGCUUUUCUGCAUAUAUAUGUGGCUCCUAGCAACUACACUUUUGGUUAUAAGACUUGUGUUGCAGCUAUGGGAUCUUUUAAUCACUAUGUGAUUGUUAAGUUUAAGGAUGGUGUGGAAGUUGAAGAACUCAUUCAAGGGUUGGAGAAGAUGGCAUCUGAAAUUGAUCAAGUCAAAUCCUUUGAAUGGGGAAAGGACAUAGAAAGCCAUGAAAUGCUAAGACAAGGUUUCACUCAUGUUUUCUUGAUGGCAUUCAAUGGAAAAGAGGAGUUCAAUGCAUUUCAGACUCAUCCCAAUCAUGUUGAGUUCUCAGGAGUGUUUUCACCAGCUAUUGAGAAGAUUGUGGUGCUGGAUUUUCCAUCUAAGCUUGUCAAAGCACCAGCAUGAUCCUCAACUUAUUCAAGCAAUUAAACUUUCCAUCUUUAAAGUGCAUGCAUGCGUGUGCAUCUGUUAUGGUUGUUCCUAGUAUUCCUACAUGUUCUUGUGCAAUUUCAACUCUCCUUUUUUCCUGAUUAAUGAAAGUUCUGGCAGUUCAAUUGGUUAAUACUAUGAAAAUGUUUCAUGUGGAAAACAGCAAGAUCUAAUACUAUUAAUUCUCUCCAUGUUUCUACCGCA